AUGCCCUCUUGCAGCGUCGAGUGUCGCCGCACCGUCACUCCCGAGGGCGCAGCGCUCGCGGGGAGGGGAUUCGCUACUGUGCACGACCAGGCUGAGACCAGGACCGGGGCUCUGCCGACAGAAGGCCCGUUGGCGGAAUACGACCAUCGGGUUCGGGAGGGUCGUCUGCGCGACGAUCUAUACCAGCGAGGUGCGCAAUACACCAUGGCAAGAAUCGUGGAAAAGUCGUCCACCCCUAGUGUCGAGUCGCUGGAUCCCCAACCUAAAAAGUCGUUUCUCGGAUCGCUGUUCGGCGGCGGUGCGAAGACUGCACCCAAGUCGAAUAUCCCCGAGAACCUGCCGAAGGGCCUGUAUAUGUAUGGCGACGUUGGGUGCGGGAAGACGAUGUUGAUGGAUCUGUUUUUUGAGACGCUUCCGCCGAAUAUCCAGGCGAAGACCCGAAUCCAUUUUCACAAUUUCAUGCAGGAUGUACAUAAGCGCAUGCACGUCGUCAAGAUGAAGUACGGGAAUGACUUCGAUGCAUUGCCGAUGGUUGCAGCUGAUAUUGCGGAGACGGCGAGUGUGCUUUGCUUUGAUGAGUUUCAGUGCACGGAUGUCGCUGAUGCUAUGAUUUUGCGGAGGCUCCUUGAAUUCCUGAUGUCGCAUGGUGUCGUCCUCGUCACAACAUCCAACCGUCACCCCGAUGACCUGUACAAAAACGGCAUUCAGCGCGAGUCAUUCAUCCCUUGCAUCACUCUCCUCAAGACCGCCUUGAAUGUUAUCAACCUCAACUCUCCGACUGAUUAUCGGAAAAUCCCCCGCCCCCCGGCUGCUGUCUACCACGAUGGCCUAGGCCCCGAAGCCGACCAGCAUGCGCAGAAAUGGUUUGAUUAUCUCGGUGAUCCUAUUGUCUGGGGCCGCCCAAUCCGGGUCCCCAAGGCUAGUGGCAAGGCCGCGCAAUAUACGUUCAACCAGUUGAUUGGUGCAGCUACGGGUGCUGCCGACUACCUGGAGCUGGUGCGGCAUUACAAUGCAUUUAUCGUGACCGAUGUCCCUGGCAUGAAUUUGAACCAGCGAGAUCUGGCCAGGCGGUUUAUCACAUUUAUCGAUGCUGUCUAUGAGAGCAGAGCCAAAUUAGUCCUCACGACCGAGGUUCCCUUGGCAAACCUCUUCCUCUCCGCCGAUGACAUCAAAGACGGUAUGAAAGCCGGCGACCACUCCGACCUCUCCGACGCCAUGCGCAAUCUGAUGGAUGAUCUCGGGAUGUCUGUUCAAGCACUCAAAAACACCUCCAUUUUCAGCGGCGACGAGGAGCGUUUUGCAUUCGCCCGUGCGCUUUCCCGUCUGGCGGAGAUGGGGAGUAAAGAGUGGGUUGAGCGCGGCCUGGACGGCGGUUCUCACCCCGUGCAGCCGACAAGUGGGCCUUGA